AUGGAUUGGUUGAAAUUGUUCGCUCUUCUGAUAGCUGUAGCUUCAGUACAGAUCACGGCAGAUGCGCCCAAGAAAAAGAUCCGCAUACAUCUACCACAAAAGGUGAAACAUAUCCACCACCACAAGAAGAUCUACAUAACUCAACACCCAGCGUCAUCACAGUAUGCACCGGCUUUCAUGCCGAGCGCUGAAGGUGCGGUGGCAGUACCGAGCAACGUCGCGAUGCCUACCGUAGCCAACGUGCUGCCUCUCAACUCAGUAGAGGUGUACGACGAGUCACCGAUGCGGAUGCCCGGCGUCUCGCCCGCAGCCUCCAAGUUGUUGCCGCUGUACCGCGCGCGCGGCUACUAUGGGCCCACGCCGCACGAGUGGGACGAGCAGGAGUACGACCUCGCACCUCCUCCUCCAGAACCGACGGAUAUAACAUACAUACCCACUGCCUUCGCAGCUCCACCAGCGGCUCCGACUGCGCAACCAAGCUAUGUCCCAAAAAGAGUGAAAAUUGUGAAACUUAAUGAACCGCCCAGAAAAAAAGUGCCAAGAAAGGUCAAGGCGAAACGAGUAGUAGUGCGAGGGAAACCAGGUCAAUUAGAGGAGGAACAUCCUGUCACAACCUUCCAUGAACAUUUUUAUGCUGAUCUGGAUGGGUCGGGGACUAUUAGAAAAAUAAGGAAGCCGCAACGAGUAGAGAAAAUCAUCGACGGUGAUACCGAACACAUACACACCUAUAGUGAGGAGCACAUUCACAAACUAGUGUACGACACCGAUGGCGGUAUAUCAGGGCUAGCGGGUUCACACCCUCUAAUUCCUGUUAAGAAUCCUCAGAGUCUACUGGCCGUACCUCCUGACACAAUCACUCGUUUUGCUGGUGUAGGCUCCAUGGGGACUCCGGCGCAUUUAGAGUACGCUGCUUACAACCCACGAGAAGUUACUCACGACCACAUAUUCCAUGACCAUGGAGAGAUUCCCUCCGAUGUGGAUAUAACGAAAGACCAUCUCCCAUUUCCGCCGAGAUUGACUUAUAAUAAUCACCCUAUCCGUAUCGGACUAAGUGGUAACAAGGGGCUUAAAAGCAAAUAUUCACAAAAGUACGUGAAAUCUCAUCAUAAACCUACACAUUAUUCAGACGUUGCUUAUUACGAUAACCCAUAUUUCACGUAUCAUAAGAUGCAGCAACCCACCAUCCCUACGCCUUUUGAGUCGACAUCUGAUCAGAGUUUAGAGGACUACAGGCCUAUUCCCCAUUUCAAAGUGAAAGACAAAGGAAACAUAAAGACUCGCAACGUAGUACCAGCACUAUAUUUUGGGAACGGAAAACAAGUGUCUGACUACCGACUCCAGCAGACGAGUGUCCCGGCACCGUACGCCGUGUCGUCCACCGUCGUCCAUGACUACAAGCCACACUCAGCCGAAACGGUAGGCUUGUCUAAAUUUAAUAAAAAUGUAUAUGCCUAUACGAAUAACUACGGAGAUUCAUACGCUUCAUCGGCGUCUAACUUAUAUACCUCAGAUAAUAGUCCCUCUUUUAUAAAUUAUCAACCUAAAAAAGGUAAAAAAAAAUCCAUAUCAACACAGAAUAUAAGUUUUGGUGGGCUAGACCAUCAGACUACAGUAGAUCACUUAGAAGAUUCCGGUGUUUCAGCAACGUCAAUUAACGGAGCGGCAACGUCGGGAAUAGACAACUACAACAGCUAUGAACAGCAGCAGUCUACAGAUUCAGCGCAGUCCACUGCCUUUACAAUAUCAGAAAGCUCUCCGGUUCAUGCAUAUUACACUUCGAUGGCAGCAAAGGCCUUGCAGGGAGAUCAGAUUUCAUAUGCUGAGGCGUCUAAUGACAAUUACCAAUACGCUGAAGCUCCUAGUCCGUCAACAACACCUUUCAUUGCCACAGUAGCAACGACUACCGCUGCCUCACCUACGUAUUAUGACACUCAGAGCGUGGAAGCUAUUACAACUGAAGUCACAACUUAUGAAACCAGGCCGAGGAACACGCUCAAAGACCAAGAAUCUGAGGUACCAAAACCACGCAAGGAGCGUAGGUCCAGGUACAAAGUUAUAGCUUUAAAUUCUAAAGAAUCGAACGAAUCGGGACAUUAUUACAGUCAGAGUACAGAUGCAUCAAGUGCCGGAAAACUUAACUAUGGUGACAAAAUUUGA